AUGGCCAAAGCUGUAGCAAGCACUUCAGCCCCCGGUGCAGCUAGCGGAACGCACCGGAUUGCACCCCUUUGGGGAACUGAGAAUUAUAAUAUGUGGCGCAUACAGAUGGAAGAGAUAUUAUCAGAUCUUGAUCUAUAUGGCUACGUAAACAAGACAAUUAUUGCACCUAGCAAGACUGUGCUGAAAACCAAAAGAAAUCGGAAAGAUGACAAGGGCAAACCAUUGCCCAACUAUGAAUAUACAGCAACUAACAACAAGUACACAAAAUGGGUUAAAGCCGACCAAAAAGCAUUAUCUAAUAUAAGAUUAAGAGUUGACAGAAGUGUACUAAACCUAAUUCAAGGAUGCACAAUGUCCGCCAACGCUUGGAACGCCCUUGCAACAACUUACCAAGUCAAAGGAACGGUUGGACUCAUUGACCUACAAAGAAAGUUCUUCAGUCACCAAAUGACUGAUGGCAAAGACAUCAAGGAACACAUCCAACGCAUGCGCGGAUGGUUCCAGCAAAUAAACAAUAUUAGUCCCGGCUCAUGCACUGAAGCCAACUGGAUCACAACAUUGAUUGCAAGCUUACCUGACUCAUGGGAUUUGUUCUCCCAAUCAUAA